CCAUUUGGGACGCAUGCACUAUUGAGUCAUCGCCGGCAACGUGACGCUUGUGUCACGAGAGAAGCCGAGCUGUUUGCUAUGAAAAAUGUAGGAAGGAACUAUCAAGAAAGCAUUGAGAACUGUGGGAAAUGUAGCAUGAAAUGAUAAAGAGGCCAAUUUAAAUGUAGGAGGUGCUUUGACAUGCAUGGUAUGGAAAAUAUAGGAGAGACUGAUAAACAGACGACAGGAGGAUAGCUGCAAAUCUAUCUGGGGACUUCAAAGCUGUUUCAAAGAGCAGUCAGAAGAUCCCUGACAGUGGCUAUAAAUGACAGCUAGAAAGAGCAUCCACGACACGAGAGUGCUGCAGCCAUUUGAAAAUGUGUGUCAAUAUCGAAUAGAUCAUGCACUUGAAGCUUAGCCCGAGUCCCAAAUCUGCUUGUGCUGUCUUGCAAACUCCUAUGUCAUUGUCAAUAAGAGUUGGCACGACAGCACCAACAGAACUAGGACUCAGGCUAACUUGUGGCUAUACUCCGUGGUAAAUUUUGAGGAUGGAUGACCCACUUGACUGAUGAGGUCAGUACCUUGCCCUUCAAAGUGCAUUCUAUAAAACAUGCAGAUAGGCAUUGUGUAUAGAUAGUAGAGUAGCACAAAUGACAUAUAGGCAAAUAAGUAUAGAGCAGAAAAAUAGCUCUUUCCCUGGUUCACCUUUUGGAAAGAUCCCAGCAGUCGCAUGGCGUGACUGACUCCCUGAAUAAUGGAAUAGGUUGGUGGGUUGGGUAGUGACUUUGACUGAAGCUCAGGGAUUUUGUUCCUUUUCAAUUGGAAAUGAAAACGUAAAAAAAAAAAAAAAUGUUCACCUGUAAUCAACAAAAGUUAUUGUAUGCCACUAAAUUACAGUAAGACUGUCAUUUUAGUGUCACUAAUAUUUAACAUGUUCAGAUUAUUGUUAUUAGAUUAUAAUGGGAUGACAACAGCAACAGAUUAUGGUUUUCAUCUGAAUAAAGAAAUGAUAUAAUAACGGUAAUCGUCUGUUCCUGUUACAGUGAAUUAUUCUGGUUGCCAGAUCUGUUUGUGCUUGAUCCAACUCCUUUCUGUUUUGGCACGACAACGACCAAGCAGUUGGCUAAUGGAUGAGUACUGUAUAUUUGGCAACCAGGCUGGCAGUGUUGGGAGGGAUUGUUAUGUUUCAGCACUGGGAGGUGCUUGAGGAGAUCAUUGUGUAUGUUUCAGCAUUGGGAACUGUUUAGGGAGAUCAUUAUUGAGGUUUUAGAACUGGGACAUGUUUAAAGAGGUCAUUGUGUAUGUUUCAGCAUUGGGAACUGUUUAGGGAGAUCAUUAUUCAUGUUUUAGAACUGGGACAUGUUUAAAGAGGUCAUUGUGUAUGUUUCAGCAUUGGGAACUGUUUAGGGAGAUAAUUAUUGAGGUUUUAGAACUGGGACAUGUUUGAAGAGGUCAUUGUGUAUGUUUCAGCACUGGGAAGUGUUUAAGGAGAUCACAGAGGUGUUUAUCUUGGUGCCAGCCCUGGUGGGACUGAAAGGCAACCUGGAGAUGACACUGGCAUCCAGACUGUCUACAGCAGCGAACACUCGGCAGCUGGAUGAUCCAAAGCAGCAGUGGAGGAUAGUGUGUAGCAACCUGGCUCUCAUUCAGGUCCAGGCCACAGUGGUGGGUUUCCUGGCUGCGGUAGCUGCAGUGGGGUUGGGCGCGAUGACCAGGGGUCGUGUAGACCUGCUGCAGGCUGCUGUUUUAUGUGCCAGCAGCAUCACCACAGCCUUUGUAGCAGCCCUGUCAUUGGGCCUGGUGAUGGUGGGAGUGAUCAUUGGCUCCAGGAAACUGGGAAUCAACCCUGACAACGUGGCCACGCCCAUCGCUGCCAGCCUGGGUGACCUCAUCACCCUCUCUCUGUUGGCUGGGGUCAGCAGCUUCCUCUUCCGGUUUAAAGAGAUGUGGUACCUGCCUGCUCUGGUGUGUGGCUUUUUCCUGGUUCUCAUUCCGCUGUGGGUGGUCAUCGCCCGGCACUCUCCUCCAAUCAGAGAGGUGCUGAGGUCUGGGUGGCAGCCCGUCAUCAUGGCCAUCUCCAUCAGCAGUAUUGGGGGCCUGAUACUGGAUAAGACAGUGAGCGACCCGAACUUUGAGGGCCUGGCGGUGUUCACUCCCGUAAUCAACGGUGUGGGAGGUAACCUGGUAGCCAUCCAGGCCAGCCGCAUCUCCACCUACCUACACUACUGGAGUAUGCCAGGGUCCCUGCCUUUCCAGAUGACACAACACUGGCCUGGCCCCUGCCUGACCUUCUGCUCCUCAGGGGUCAACUCCAAGUCAGCGAGGGUUCUAGUCUUCCUGGUAGUUCCGGGUCACCUGCUUUUCCUCUACACCAUCCACUUACUGAAUGGCGGCCAUGGCGCCCUCAGGCCUGCCUUUGUCUGCCUUUACCUGUGUGCGGCCCUGCUACAGGUUGUGAUUCUGCUGUACCUGGCUGACCUAAUGGUGCGCUGGAUGUGGCGGAGGGGGCUGGACCCGGAUAACUACUCUAUCCCGUACCUCACGGCUCUGGGGGAUCUGUUGGGGACCGGCUUCCUGGCCCUGAUCUUCAGGGCCAUUCAAUCUAUACCAGCCCACCAUGUCUAGUGCGACUGAAGUUAAGAUUUAACAACGUGGCCUACACACUGUAGUUUCACAGGCCUCCGACAACCACCAAGCUUGGCUCCACAGAAGCCCUGUUUAUGCCUGCCGUUAACAUACGUCCUUCGUCCUGAUCUUGUCCGUUUACACUUAUAAGAUCUGAUCACAAUGCGUCUUUUAAAAGUCUACACAAUCAGAAUGUGGAAAAGAUCAGGGAAAAGGCGGCAUGUUAGAACCAGGUAUCAACAGGGCUUAAGAAAUGAAUGCUGAUAAGGGAGAUGCUGUAUACUGUAGCUCGACAGUCUUUCAGCACCCAGUAACCACAUAGAAGCUACCUGUUGAGAUGGCCUCUGUAAACGCUUUAAUGGUAAAAUGGCAAAUGCACUGUACCAAAGCAAUAAUGUUGUCUGCGCUUGUUUGUUUGCUGACUGUCUAUACAUUUAUCCUUAAGCUCAAAAAUGGUUCACUUGUGAGUUUAGUCACAAUAAAUGUACUAAUGCACUCACGGGAUAUACACACUAUAAACCAAUAGAGGACAUGGGAUAAAUCCAUGUGUCACAAUUUCAAUGAUCGACCACUGCUAUUUUCAUUUGUGCCUUUAAACCAUUACUGUAGAAACUACAGGAGUCAUGUGCAGUAUUUAUUUUCUUAUUAUUAGUCAAGUAAUGACAUCGGCAAUGUUGCUUGAUCGGCAAUUAGUCUGCUGCAGUGAAUUGGUUUGAAAGUGAAUGUUUGUAUCAACGUCUCUAACACAUACUGUACCACUGUUGCCCACAUUUUGUUAUAACUUUUUUGUGCCAAAAGUGUUAUGCUUAUCUCUUCAAAUAAAUGGGUCCUUUUAAGUAAAUUAAUAUAUACUUUUAAAAACAGGCUUAAAUCACAUUUGAUGCUCUGCAAUGACACAAACAAUAUAACUUUCACCAAAGAUUUCAACAGUUCGACAUGUUGACUUAGUAUGUAUGUGUUAGUGUAACCGAUGUGAAAUGGCUAGCUAGUUAGCGGUGGUGCGCGCUAAUAGCGUUUCAAUCGGUGACGUCACUCAC